AUGUCUUCAUCAACAACAACAUCAAGAGAAACAGUAGCAGGAGGAGCAACCAGAGAGGCUAAGGCGCCAGAAUAUCUCUCAGAGCUAACAGAGCUAAAGAAAGAUGUGGAGGAAUUGGACAAUGCGGCAAAGUCGCUCCAUGAAACAUCAACAGCUGUAGUCAUGCUGCGCGACAUUCAAAAUAAGAGGCGCAUUGGCGUAAGGACACCGAUAAACAAGUGUAGCCCAAGAAGCGCCUCCGCCUCCCUAGACGAUGAAGAUGAAUCGAACCGAGCCGGGAAGACUAAUAACGAGGUGGUUGAGAACCAACUACAAGACAAGGC